GGCCGUCAUUUCCAUAUGUCUUUAGUACCAUGACGGAGCGAGACGCCGCGCUCCUCUGACUCAGUCAAACAGAAACCCCGACGCGCUCGAGGCUCAGGGCGGCCUGAGCAUCCGCGGACACACAGCCCGGGAGAAGGAAGCAGCUCUGCGCGGCAGGAGAAGAACGAGGAAGCGGCGAUGGCAGCAGUCAUCAAGAAGAGAAACUCCAACUCGUCCGCGGGCAGAGAGGACGACAAGCAGGCUAUGGAGAGGAUGCUGUCCUCGCCCGGGUCCAGCCCGGCGGGCACACCGGGAAGUGAGGACAAAGGGGAGGCUGCGGCGGGAGGAGAGGACGGCGUGGCUCUGAAGAGGACCAUCACCCUGCUGAACGGCGUGGCCAUCAUCGUGGGCACCAUCAUCGGCUCGGGCAUCUUUGUCACGCCGACGGGGGUGGUGAAGGAAGCGGGCUCGGUGGGGCUGUCGCUGAUCGUGUGGGCGGUGUGCGGGGUCUUCUCCACGGUGGGGGCUCUCUGCUACGCGGAGCUGGGUACCACCAUCACCAAGUCCGGGGGGGACUAUGCCUACAUCCUGGAGGUGUACGGCUCCCUGCCGGCGUUCCUCAAGCUCUGGAUCGAGCUGCUCAUCAUCCGGCCGUCCUCGCAGUACAUCGUGGCCUACGUCUUCGCCACCUAUCUGCUGAAGCCGCUGUUCCCGGUCUGCCCGGUACCGGAGAACGGGGCCAAGCUGGUGGCCUGCCUCUGCAUCCUCCUGCUGACAUUCGUGAACUGCUACAGCGUGAAGGCGGCCACCAGGGUGCAGGACUUCUUUGCUGCAGCCAAGCUUCUCGCGCUCAUUCUCAUCAUCAUCAUCGGCUUCGUCAAGAUUGGUCAAGGUGACACAGACGAUCUUCUCCCAGAAAAUUCCUUCAAGGGAUCCAACUAUGAGUUUGGAAACAUUGGCCUGGCGCUCUACAGCGGCCUGUUUGCUUAUGGCGGCUGGAACUACUUGAAUUUUGUCACAGAGGAGAUGAUCGAGCCUUACAAAAACCUUCCUCGGGCCAUCAUCAUCUCCCUGCCCAUCGUCACGGCCGUGUACGUUCUCACCAACCUGGCGUAUUUCACCACGCUGUCGCCGCAGCAGAUGCUGGGCUCAGAGGCGGUGGCUGUGGACUUUGGCAAUCACCACCUGGGUCCCAUGGCGUGGAUCAUCCCCGUAUUUGUGGGUCUGUCCUGCUUUGGCUCGGUGAAUGGCUCCCUCUUCACGUCCUCCAGGUUGUUCUUUGUAGGCGCCCGGGAGGGUCAUCUGCCCAACCUGCUGUCGAUGAUCCACCCCACCCUGCUGACCCCGCUCCCCUCCCUCAUUUUCACCUGUCUGAUGACGCUGCUAUAUGCCUUCUCCAACGACAUUUUCUCCGUCAUAAACUUCUUCAGCUUCUUCAACUGGCUCUGCAUCGCCUUGGCCAUCAUCGGCAUGAUGUGGCUGCGGCACAAGAAGCCGGAGCUGGAGCGGCCGAUCAAAGUCAACAUCCUGCUGCCGAUAAGCUUCGUUCUGGCCUGCCUCUUCCUCAUCAUCGUGUCUUUCUGGAAGACUCCGAUUGAGUGCGCCAUCGGGUUCGGUAUCAUCGCCACCGGGCUGCCCGUUUACUUCAUUGGUGUUUGGUGGCAAAACAAACCCAAGUGGCUGCUGCAUGGAAUCUUCUCAAGCACAGCCUGGUGUCAGAAGGUGAUGGAAGUCGUGCCUCAGGAGUCCUAAAAACCCCUCCCCUUUACCUUCAGCCAGUGGCCAAUCAGAACGCACCGAAAGUUGCAUCUAGUCUCUGAAAACUCGACGGGUGAAGCUUGACCUCUGCUGAAUGUUCUUUCCUUUUCCGUACACAAACACACACACACCCAACCACCCACCCACACACACACACACACACACACACACACAGCCUGUCUGUGUGGACUGAUAAAGACUUGAUCAAAGCGUCUCGUCUCGACUUUCUUCAACUCUUUCCUCUUUUGCUUCUCAACCGCUUCGACUCUUUGAGCAUCAGUCCGAUCAGUAGUCUGUUUGAACUGUUUUCUGUCUGAUGUUUGUUUUAUUUUUGUGUAUGAGAAGUUGUACUCUGCCCUGUGGAAGGACAGAGGAUGUUAUUUUAUAGCUUGGUGUUGCAGAAGUUGUGUCAUUGCCAGAGGUUCACUGAAACGCUGUUGUUAUUGGUGGCGUAAAGUGAAGCGGAUCUUCUCGUUCAAAACAUCAGAGGCCUUUUCCUGUGAACGUAUGUGCAGCCUACUGACAAAUCUCCAACCAUUCAAGUGUUUCGCUGAUUUGCAGCUAUCGAUCUAUCACUCCUUUUGCUGAUGACUGUGGGAUCAAUAUCUGAGCGUCGUCCUUAGAGUGUGGGGUUUCUGAGGCAGAAAUGACCCCUGUGAUGCGUUCCGUGUGGCAAACGUUUGCCAUUUUAAGCGAAAAUCAGUCCAAACGGGGUUGAAAUAGGACUGUAAGUGGCCGUUCGUAGAUCUUCCAGUGCUCUCCUCCCCCUUGAACAGUAAAUUCCUCGCUGUGCUCCUUAAAUGCCAACAUGAAAUGUGUGUAACUGCAUUUGCAGGAGCUGAGGAAGAGGAGGCACAAACUGAGGGAACAAGGAGAGGCUCCACUCUCAAAUCACAGUAUUAUCUAGCUUAUGUUCCCACAUUGUGGCUGUUUCAGUUAGGUUUUAGUUACGUAAAAUGUCAAGUUGAAGACCCUCCUUAAAGGACCCAAAGUUUUGUUGCCGUGGAAACGGGCAGAAAAGGUUUAAGUUUGUUUUAGAAGUAGCACCUUUUUUUUAACACUCCAGCCAUUAAAAGAGCCGACGGGCACUAACCAGUAAACUGUAGAGUUAUUUAUUUAUAUUAGUUAACUUUUACGUUUGUCAUUAGUUGCUCUAAUUUUGUUUACAGGGUAUUUUGUAAAAGUGCUUUACAAUAAAAUUUCCUUUUUUUUUCAACUUUUGUGUUUUUUGGGGUUUUUUGCUUCAUUGGUUCAUUUGUUUUUGUUUUUUUACUCACAUUUAUCUUGUUUGUUUACAUGUGUUAGUAACUUUCAACUAAACCUGUCACAAAAAUCAGCUACAGAGCGUCUCUGUAGUUCCAUCUAACAAAUAUUUCACAGUUUAUUCUUUUAUUUUGUAAUAUUUUAUGUCUGCCUCUCUACCUACAAAACCUUUUUGGAUUGUUUUCUUUUUUAAAUGAGAAGUUUAUGUUUAUAUAUUAAGAUUAAUAGGUUUAGCCAAUCCCCGCAAUUGCGGUUUCAAAAUUUGACCCAACCCAGGAAGUUUGCAGUUCCUCACAUGACCACUGGAGGCUGUGUCAGCAGUUUCCCAUUGACCCCUAUGCUAAAAAGUCAUAUUUACACCCAGAAUAAACCUGUUUAUAGGCGGCUGCAAUACAUUUGUUCAAAACUCUUUGAAUUUUCUAUUAAUGAAAACUGUGAAAGACAUUUUUUUAAUUUUCAGCUUAGAUUUUGGAACAAUUUUUCCUUGUGCAAAUAGUUAUGUUUUUUUUGCGACAGGUGGACAGAUCCGGCAGAGCUUUAAAACUUUUUUGUUCGACCCAGUUUACAUUUUUUAAGAAUUGUUGCGGUUGGUGGAGUAAACUGGUCCAUGUACCCAUCCCACUCAGUCUUAUUUGCUUCUUGAAGAUGCUGGGUGACUUCCGAGAUUAUCCACCAAGUCAAUGAGUCUAUGGUGUCACACCCGUCGUCAACGCUAAAUAAGGUCUAAAUUCACAAAUAUAUGUGCAUUCAAGCAUAAACAACCACAUCACAGUUCAUUUUUAGUUUAUUUUGACGCACAAAUUUGCAACCAGUUUAAUAUUGGAGGCAUUUUAUUUAAAAAAUCUGAAAAAUUGUUUUAGAAAAAUCUUUCCAAUCCACUCAAAUUUUACUUUAUUAAAUAAGAAAGUUGUGAACGUUACAGAUCCAGUUGGUGUCUGUUUCUCAAACUGAAUCUGGGAUCCUAAAGAGAAGAACCUGAAGGCGUGUAGUGCAACGCCACCACUUACUAGGCGAGUUCCAGAAGCGUUUCCAGGGGAGAUUGAUCUGCAGCAACUGUGAGGUCAUAAUUCUACCAUAAGAAAGUGGAAUUUCAUUUAAAAGAAUUGUCAUUGAAGACCUUCUGUUUGCAUGAACAUAUUUAGGGAGAUGAAGGAAUUGUGAAUGUGACAUAUCAGCAAAACAGCCUUGAUGUCAGUCUUUAGCAACUGUAACAUUAAUUAGUCCAACCCAUUAAUUACAUUAAUGUCAUUUUACUUUUUUUUUCAUUUCUGUGACAUCACAGAACCAGAUACAUGUUGGAAACGUUAUUUAAAAUGAUAAAUGAAUAGAUCAAAGCUGUUCAAUCCAGUUUUUAAAAGACAUUCCCUCUGAAUUAGUGUUCAACUCAUUUACCCCCCCCCCCCCACACACACAAAAAACCUGCCGCUGCGGUGUGUUUCUGUGAUUCAACCCUUUGAGAAAAACUUCAUAAAACAUUUGAAAAUAAAUUCUUUCCUGCAUUUCUAUUUGACAUGGACUGAAAAAAACGGUGACGUUCAGCUCAAAUCAUUAGUCUUAAGUAAAAGAGCUGGUUUAAAAAAAGUCUUUUGUAAUAAAUAGGAUACAGUUUUACACACUAACUCAUCAGUUUUUUUUUAUUAUUGUUAUAUAUUAUGAUAUAUAUUUACAGGACUGCUCCUCACUCUGCCUGUUUUCCAGCGCUCCCUGCACUUUUUGCUGCUGGUUACCUGGACCAGGUGUGUUCAGUCAGCUAAUCAGCAGAAAUCAACGCACAGGGAACAGUUAAACAGACCAGGAUUGAGCGAUUUGUACUAAUCUGUUUGGGUUAUUCUGCUUUAUCUAGCCACAUGUUCUGCGAUCAAGUGGUACACCUCCAUUUGAUUUUAUCCAAAUUUCUACAAGACGUGGCUAAAAUCAUAGGGUUUUACUGAUAUUUGCCUUUGCGUUGCAAGUAAAAAGUAGGUCACUUUUUUACAUGAACUCUUUAAAAGUGUCACAUACAGUUUAGGGAAAUGUGAAAGUUUGCACAAACCUGUGAAAAGUGCUGCUCAGACCUGUUCUCAUGAUAUUUGAUUGUGAGCCUCCUUCUCUGACAUCUUUUGAAUAGAUUUUAAUGAUGUGAAGAAGUUUCUUUUACUUUCUAGUUUGGAUAAAAAGCACCAAAAAUCUCAAGAAUGUUCUUAAAGUCCUGCAUCAAACUCUAAAGCUUCUGUUUUUGUUCCUCUGAGAAGAAACAUAAGACCCGCUGUCAGUCCACGUUACGUCUGGAACCGGUCGUUUACUGACUGUGCUGCCUUCUUUCCUCAAAAUAUUUGUGUGAUUUUGUAUUUUUUCAUCAGUUUGAGAAAAUAAAAUAAAAACGAACAAAUAGCAGUACUUUCAGGCAUCAAAUAUUGGUCACGUGAAUCAGCAGCAGACUGAGCAGAGUUCAUGGAGUCACUGUAAUCCUGUCAGGCAUUUAGAGCAGCUGACUGAUCCAAGCUCAAUGUUACGGCUGUGGCCGUAAUAUUGUUUUUUUUUUUUUUUUUUUUUUUAGUUCUUUUGUGGUGUUAUCUGUCUCUGUUUUCUGCUGCAGUGGAAGGUUCUGUCUUCGUUUUUUUCCCUCCUACAUUUGUGUGCAGAUUGGAGCCCCAAUUGUCCGGAGCACUGCUGCCACAUCUUCUGUUGAACACCCCCCCCACCCCAGCUGGCGGCAGCAGAGCUUAACUUUGUUUGGUAUUGUUAGAGGCCUUGUCCUUGUAUUUUGGUUGUUUUUGUGUAGUUUUGAGUUUUCCUUUAAAUAAAUUCCCAGCUUAUUUUCAGCCUGGGUUUUGUCUG